AUGAUGGAUGAUGACUCAGGGUUAAUAGAGAUUUUAGGGGCAUUAGGUUCAUAUAGAUAUAUAAAUGACGAAAAUGAAGAAGUCCUAAACUAUAAUAUAAAUAAUAUAAAUAAAAAUAUAAACUCUGUUGGUAUUGAUGGAAAGAAAUUAAAAAAGAAAGCAAUAGAGAAUGAAGAUAAUAUUAGUAAAAUAUUCGAAUGUGGUGAAGAUUGUUUAGAAGCAGCAAGAGCUCUAUAUCGUAUGUUAAAUGAAGAUGAUGAUAUCGAUAGAUCUGUAUUUCAUUUUUUAGGAAAAAAUAAUAUAGCAAGAUCUAAAUUAGUACCAAUCUUAAUAGCUUAUCCUGAUAAUACAAAUUUAGUUAUAACAAUUUUAAAAAUUUUUGUAAAAUUAACAUUACAAUUACCAUAUCAUAUUGAAUCAUAUGAUAUUCCAAAACAAACAUUAUAUACAUUAAAUAUGAAAGAAUCAUUUUUAAAUAGAGAAUUGAUAAAAACUUUAUUGGAUAUUUUAAAGGAACCAAUGAUUAAUUUAGGUUUUUCAAAUGGUAAAAGUCAAGAUUAUAUUAUUAUUGAAUUGGUUUUAACUUUAAUUAAAAAUAUGUUACAAAUUCAAGAUCCAAUAUCUUCUCAAACUUCAAUAGAAUCUGAAUAUCGUUGUCACAUGCAUAGUAAUUUAAUUGAAUUAUUAGAAGAGGAGAAUAUUUUAGAAUUAUUUUUAGUAUUAGCACAAAAUAUUCAUACAAAUAAAGUUUAUAAACAAAUUUCAAUUUAUUCAUUAUUAUUAUUAGAAAUUUUUACAUUAUUAUUAAAAAAUGAAAAUCCAAAUGAAAUUUGGUCAUCUCAAGAAAAGAAUGAAGAAAACAAUGAUAAUGGUGAUGAUGAUGAUAAUAAUAAUGAUAAAAAAAAAAAAAAAAUUUUAAGUGAAAAAGAUAAAUCAUUAAUUAAUUUAUUAAAAAAAGAGAAAAGAUUAUCAACAAAAUUAGUUAGUAAUGGUAAUAGAAGUAGAUUUAUUGGCACCUAUACAAGUUAUUCAGAGAUUGAAGGUAAGAAGAUUAUAAAUAAAACUUUACCAGAUAUGGCCACAGUAAAUUCAGUUAGACCAACAAGUUUAGGUAAUUUCUCUGCUUCAUUAUUGGCAAGUAGAACUAAAGUAAUUGGUGAAAGGAAGAAAACUGCAUCCUCUUUAAAGGUUAGAUUAAUCUUAAAGAGUUGGGCUGAACAAUUUUUAGAUGGUUGUUAUAAUACAUUGAUGAAUACUGUUGUGGAUGAAUUUGCAAAAGAGAAUGCCCAAAUAUUGGAUUCUGAUAGACUUAACUUUUUAAUGUUAACAAAAUUCUUUACUGGUUUCUCUUUAGCACUUUUAAGAUAUCAUAGUGAAAAAGUUGAACAAUUAAAAAAGAAGAAGCAAUUGGAAAAGGAAUUAGAUGAUAUGGUAGUCGAUAAGAAUUUAGAGCCACAAUCUGACGAUGAAGGUGAUGAAGAUAUUGAUGCUUUCACUCAUGACAAUAUCAUUGGUUCAUUAUCAUCAACAUUGUCACCAUCAAACUUUCAAUUCAUUUUCUCAAGUUGUAGUAAUUAUCAAAUGAUAAAGAAACAUCUAUCAUUAGAGGUGGCAGUAUCAACAUUAAGAGAAAUGAUAUCACUUUUAAAUUAUAUGUCAGUGUCACCCAUUGAACAGUAUAAACAAAUCUCAUUGGAAAUGCAAUCAACAAUCUACUAUGACCGUGAUGCAUUCUUAAAGUUGAUUAUUAAUUUAAUGCGUAUUUAUGAUCCAAAUCAUUAUAGUAAAUCGAUGAUGCUCGAUUUAAUCGAUUUAUCAUUUACGACGGUUAUUAUGGUUGAAAAUUUUUGUAAACAAAAUAAUGCAAUCGAAAUUAAAUCAAAAAGACAAAGAUCCUCAAAGUCUUUGAAUUCCAUUGAUGAUAAUACUGAAGCAAUCAAUCAACCAACAGAAAAUCAAGAUGGUACAAUAACUGACGAUGGUUUUCCAGAUGAAGAAGAGAAAGAGGAUGAAUAUGAUAGUCAAAUUCGUAAUAGUAUGGAUUUCACUUCUUUUAUGGCAGAAUUUGCUCAUUCUGAGGUGAUAAAGAAUUUAGCAUUGGUUUUGGGUGGUUAUCAUGGAAAUACAACUUUAAUUAAUCAUCAAAUCAUUCAACUAUAUAAAAGAAUUGCAAAUGAUUUAGAAUUGGAACCAAUGUUUUAUCAAAUAUCUCUAUUCUAUCUCUUUAAGAAUCUCUUAAAUGAUCCAUUAAUUUCAAGUUCAAAAAGUGGUGAUUCAAAAGAUCUUUUAGAAUUUAUUAAUCAAAUACUUUCAAAAUAUUAUAAAGCAGUUGAAUCAAAUCCUUCUUUCUUAAUUGACAUUUUAAUUCCAAAAUCUAGAACUGAUUGUUUCUAUUUAAAGACAAAUGAUGAAGAUGGUGAUAUAUCACAACAACAACAACAACAACAACAAGAACAACAAGAAUUUGAUGAAAAUGGAAUUCCAAUAUUAAAAAUUUCAAAAAAUACUGGUAGAUUGAAAAAGAAAUCAAAUGGUGAUAGUGAUGAAGGUGAAGUAUUUUUAGAGAGCGAUGAUGAUAAAGAUGAAUAUAUUCUUCAAAAUAUUGUCUCUAAAAUGGAGGAUACUUUAAAGAGACCAGAAUUAAUUGAAAAGAUUAAAUUAUUAAAUAAGAGAAAAGUUGGACCAAAGAUUAUAGGUUGGUUACAACAACAUCUAUUGAAUGCCAUUGUAAUUAGAACCAAAGAAAAGAAUAAUCCAAGCUUUACACUCUAUCCAUUGCUUUAUGAAGGCGAGUGUGAUGGUGAAAACUUUAACAAUUUGGCCAAUGUUAGACAAAUCUUUUCAUUAUUAAAAUUUGGACUUCCAACAUCUAGAAAUGGUUUCUACACAAUCUCUUCAUUAAAAAACUAUUCAACCAAUUAUUUAACUGCAAUCUAUGAAACCAUUAAAGAGGCUUUAGAACAACAAACAUUAGAAAUUCAACAAAAAGAAUUAAAAAAACAACAAAGAAAAUUACAACCAAAACAACCAAGAUCCAAAAUAUCUUCAAAAGGAAAAAAAACUAUAGUCGCUAAAUUUGAUAAAAAUGGUAAAAGAAAUCCACUUUAUCAAUCAUCUGAUGAAGAAGAAUCAAAUAAUGAAUCUAAAUCAAAAUCAUCAUCUGAAAGUGAAAGUAGUAGUAGUGAAAGUGAAGUUGAAAGUGAAGUUGAAAGUGAAGUUGAAAGUGAUAAUGAAAAAGAAGAAGAUAAAGUAAAUAAAGAGAAAAAACAUUCAACAAAUAACUAUAAAAAAGAAGAAACUGAUAAUGAAGAGAAAGAAGAAGAAAAAGAAGAAGAAGAGGACAGAGAUAAAGGUGAAGAGGAUAAAGAAGAAAGUGACGAUGAAGAAAUUGAAAAUUUAAAAGAAAAAAUUCAAUUAAAGGAAAAAGAGAAAAGAGAUAGAAAGAAAGAGAAAAAAGAAAAAAGAAAAAAUAAAAAGAGAGAAGAGAAAGAAAAGAAAAGAAAUAGAAAAGAAAAAGAAAAAGAACAUGAAGAGGAAGAAGAGGAGGAAGAAGAUGAAGAAAAAGAUGAAGAGGAAGAAGAAAAAGAAGAAAUGUUUAGUGAAAAUGUUUUUGUUAACAUUGAACCAAUUGAAAAAUCAGUAGAAUCAAAGAAGAAAUUAAAAAAAAUUCUUAAAAAAAGCAAUCAAGAUAGUGAUGAAGAUAGUGAUACCAUCCAAUCAAGUAAAGUUAAAACAAUUUUAGACAGUGAUAGUGAUGAGGAAUCAAACAGAGAGGAUAGUUUUAAAAAUAAUAAAAAAGAUCAAGACGACAAUGAUAAAGAUAUCACACCAAACAAAAGAAACAAGGUUUUAAAAAGAAAAAAUAUAAGUUUAAGUGAUGAUGACGAAGAAGACAAAGAAGAAAGUGACAACGAUAAAGAUAUUGGUAGCGAUGAAGAUCAAAAAACUGAUAAGGUAUCAAAAAAACAUAAAUCAAAUUAA